AGAGUAUAGAUAAAUCGGUAUGUGCACUACCCUGCGGUAGGCAUCAAAGAGUGACCUAGCGCAGAUUGUGUACAGUUUUGUAGCUUAUGAGUGACAGGGAUACCACUAGUGAGGACGACCGGAUCUUGCGAUCGGCUAAAUGCUCGAUUGCCCACGUGGCAUUAGGACCCGAGGGUGAUAGGUUACUGUUCCGCCAGCUUAGGGAGAGGCAGCAGCAACAACGGAGAGCUAGGGUAGCGGAGGCCAACAGGGCAUUCGCAAGUGAAGCCGCUGCUUUAGCAGCCAUGGCAACCGCUGCGCAACAGAGUUCCCAGACCAGCAGUUCAGGGGCCGUAGGGUCAACGGUCGCGCAGACCCUGAGUCAGUCCACUGGCGUCAUGGCAAGCCAACCAAUAGUGUUAACUUCCGAUGAGAUCGCCAUACAGCAGGCAGCACUGCAGGAGGCGCAACUACAAAAGGCCUUAGGAGAGAUAAAGGCGGAGAAGGAAAGGAUGAUUAGAAGAAGAGCCAGGAUGCAGCGGAGACAAGCUGACGUUAGCGAGAAUCAGUUGGUAGGUGAGGCCAACAUCAACAUGCACAACUUCCCCUCGUUUAGCAAGAAGGCCCUAGACCUUGAAGCAAAGAUAGGGCAUGGUCAGACUCCCACGACGGAUGGUAGGAAGAAGUCAUUGCCUCCCAACUGGAAGGCGAAGGGCCGCAUUAUGUUCGUUGACAACAAUGGUUUUACCAUCGAGUUGGACGAUGACUUCCAGGCGGGAGUGGGUUCAGAGAGGGACAAGCCACGUACACAGGCUCCUCUUGGGCUUCUAAAGCCCCUUCCGAUUCCGGAAAGGCCUGGUGAGAGUUUGUCCAUGGACUUCAUGGAUAUGCUGGUCACCAGCAAGAGUGGAAUGCGUUACGUCUAUAUCAUUGUGGAUAGAUUUAGCAAGUACGCUAGGUUAGUCGCAAUGCCGACAACAACUAAAACGGAGUAUGUGAUUAAACUGUUCAAAGAGAACUGGGUCAAAGAUUUUGGAUUGCCAAAGUCUUCAGUCAGUGACCGUGAUGUGCGAUUUACUAGUGAACUGUGGAAGACCGCAGCUGCAGAGCAGGGAACGCAGCUGCAGAUGACAUCAGGGAACCAUCCAGAAGCGAAUGGGCAAGCAGAGCAGUUAAACCGCGCUGUACAACACCUGCUGAGGGACUACAUCAAGCCUAAUCAGGUAGACUGGGAUGAGAAACUUGCUCUCAUCGCCAGCCUGUACAAUAAUGUUGUACACAGCGCAACGGGAAUGAGCCCGAACAGCCUGCUACUGACGUUCAAGCCUAGACUGCCUUCGGAUUUCCUACUACCUAAGAACCAGCCUUCUGCUGCACCAGGAACCUUAGAGUUCGCGUAUCAAUAUGAGCAUCUGAUGCAGCUGGCUGUUGAAUAGAUGCAUAAGGCACAGGCAGCGAUGAUAGAGUCAGAGAACAAGCACCGCCGCCCAUCUACAUUUCAGGUAGGGGAGAGAGUCUGGGUCAAGUCCUCAAAACUGGGACAGGAGCACGGGAUCUCCCGCAACCUCACGCCACAGUACUUUGGACCAUGGGAGGUCCUAGAUGUCAUAGGAGAUGAACCGGAUGGACCAUCAUAUGUUAUUCGCAUCCCUGGUCACUUACGAACAUACCCUGUUUUUCACGCCUCUAAGCUUACACCGU